AUGUCAGAAGUCUUCUUGCACCCCGUGGAAAAGUUAGAAGGGUUGAGGAAUGAGUUGAAGGAAAAGAAAAGAGAAAGGAAGGAAGGAGAAAAUGGAAGUGGUACCCAAGCUGCCUCCAAGGUGAUGCUCAAAACCUCCAAUCGCCAUCUAAAGGGCAUGGUUCAGAAGGAUCUAGUAUGCGAGGGCGUUGCAAGUUACUGCUUGAGCGAAUAUGCGACGAACCUUCACCUGGAUGCCUGGAAACGCCGAGAUCCUAGUAGCCCGGAUGAUAAUGUCACACUACCCGUUCUCAAUGGCCAAACUGUUUGGGCCCGGUACGUUGAGAUCGAGGGUCGCAACUACGUCAAGUCUCUGUCAACCGUUCGCAUGAGCGAGAAUGAUACGAUGGUUUUUACGGCCAAACCAAAUGUCGACUCAUGGAUGGAGUUAAGCAUGUACUUCUCUGAAGAUAGUUUGGGAGUACGCAGCGUCAUUGCCUGUUUGGAGGAUGGGAUUCAGCGUACUGAGGAACCUGGCCUUCGAUGGGUCUUCAUUCCCCCUCAACUUUACAAUCUCCCAUUCUAUAUCAGGAUGAACUUUGAUGGCCUUAAGCUGCGCAACUUGGAUAUCACACAAUACGAAAGAGAAUAUCACUAUGCACAACGAACACGUUGGGCUACGUUACCCAGAGACCUUGGCUACCUUCGCGCUCCCGACGAUGAUAUCUUCGAGAGUAGUCACAAGGCUGCAGUCCAGGCGAUCGACUGGAACCUAUGUGGAGUCUCCGGUUAUGUCAUUGGCAUGCAAUGCAGCUGUAUUGACUCAAUCGUUCCCUAUAGGCCGGGUAAGUUACCUCCUACCAUCCUUGAUGCUUACUUUAAUGUCAGAUCAACUUGGCUUUAUUUCCCUGUUGAUCCUGACGAACGAAUCUCCGAGCUAUGGCUUCGCUCAGGGGACUUCCCGUCCGAUGAUGAUGAUGGUUUGACUCUAUCAGAGUCUCUCAUAGUUGUCACAAGCAACGGUCGUAGUCUUGUUCUUGGCCCUGACAUUCGGCUUGCCGAUCUACCAUCAACAGCUCCAGCCCGAACAUUCUACUACAAGUACGGACAUGCGCAGUCUUGGCUGGGGUUCGAGAGAAUGACAACAUGGAAUGAUCGCAAGAUCGAACUCUCUUUUGGACCACCAACCAGGCCCGGCCCGUAUGACUGGUCUGACCAGUUCUUUUCAACGUCCGCCGACCUUGAGAACCUUCAAACGAUUACCCCCUGCCGUGACUGGAGAAACUGUGUAGACAACGAAAUAUUUGGUCUGCUUUUCACCUAUGCAGACGGCCGUCAACGAUCCGUUGGGCAAAUUCGCCUGGAUCACUUGCAGGACCCCGUCAAUAUUACUGACAAGUUUUGGCUUGGAAGCACCGGGGACACGGAGCCUGAUCAAGAAGAAGAGCCCUGCCCGCCGACGGGGCAUAUAACAUGGCUAGGCGUGUGCAAACCAAUUCCGAAUGCCGAAUUGGAAUACCUCGAGAUUCCGCUGAGAGGCAAGCUCGAGUGGCGGUCGAACUGGGGGACUGUAACCACGAAAAACGCUGUGCGACAUCUUGAAGACCAUAAGCUGAAAGACGAGAUGGAUAAAGUGAUAGCUCGCGAGGCUGCAUCUCGUGCAAUUGCUUCCAAGACGGUCAAGACGUUCUCUGUUCGAACGGGUGACAUGUGCUUCUACGAAGACGAGACUUAG